AGAGACCUUGAGGAAAAAUUUGAAUUCGUCAUUAUGUCUGAUAUCCUCAUUGACGAUCCCAUCGAAAUCGUCCAGCCCCCGGCAUCUGAUGUUAGUGACUGCGGGAGCGUAUCGACCGUCUCGGAAAAGCUUGCAAGUUUAGAUUCAGCGCUUGACUUAGUAGGAGACUGCGAUGAAAGUGCUGUUGAUGAAAAGAAUAACGUAUUCGAAGACUUCGAGUCAACCCCUGGUGCAUCAAGUUUUGAAUUAGGAAAAUCGCCGUUGACAGUCGAUAAUGAGGGUACGAAGCAACCUGCUUCGAGCUCGUGCUUGAAUGAAUCAACAGUGCCUGCCUUUGAUCAGCCACAAGUUAUACCCUCUGCGAUGACCGAAAGUCAGGAAUGGGAGAAAAUCGACGAGGGAGAUCUAAAUGGGAAAAGUGCAAUAACCAACGACGAAGUGGAAGAGCAGGAAUACGAAGAUAUCCUUGGUAGUGGCCAAAUCUUGAAGAAGGUUUUAAAAGUUGGAGUUGAUGAUAUCCGACCUAAACGGGGAAAUCGAGUUGUAGUUACGGUUUUGGGAAAAUUGGACCAAGCAGACGACGACGCCUACGUUGAAGAGUAUGUGGAACGCGAAGUUUACAUCGGAGAUCUGGAGAUCAAUCAAGGACUCGAUCUGAUCCUUCCCCUCAUGUGCAAGGGGGAAACAGCGGAAGCUGUUAUCAAACCUCGAUUUGCUUACGGAGAUCUUGGUUUGGAGCAGACAAUUCCCAAGAACGCCACCUUAAGGUACACGAUAAUCCUCAAAGACUUUUAUGAGGAAGAUUCUGAAUCGCUUUCCAAAUCGGACCGUCUGCGAAUAGGCAAUGCCAAAAGGGAGCGAGGUAAUUUCUGGUUCGUCAGGCAGGCGUAUGCUUCAGCGGUUCAAUUGUACCGCCGAGCCUUGGAGUAUCUGGACGAAAAUGAUAGUGAUUCUGCAGAUCAGGGUGAUCAAGAAAGCGAAGGCUUAAUGAAAACGAUUCUGGAAGAUCGAUUAAAAGUGAACAACAACUUGGCAGCCGCGCAGUUCAAACUUGGUGCUUUCGAUGCAGCUCUACGUUCGGUAGAUAAUGUACUUCGAUGUCAACCGGAUAACGUCAAAGCUUUAUGCAGGAAAUCGAAGAUUUUAAUUGCCUUGAAUGACACUGACGAAGCGUAUUCAGCCAUCAAAAAAGCAGCUGCGCUUUGUCCUGAUGACAAGGCAAUUGCUGCUGAGCUUUCCCAGCUAGCUUCGAAGAAAAAGGCUGAGGAACAGCGAGAACGAGAUCUUUACAAAAAAAUGCUGAAAGAGCACACAUCUAAUCCAGAUGUAAAGCAGCGUCCUCGCGAGGAGAAUUCUUCAUGGAGUGCAUUUUGGAAAGUUGCUGUGUCUGGGGUCGCCGUCGCGGGACUUGCAAUUGCCGCUUACAAGUUGAAGCAAAUGUGAUCUCCAAGCUGAGAUGAAACCAAUUAAUCAGAUAUUUUGAUGCCAACUCACCAUCCUGCGAACAAGAUUGCAUCGUCUGGGUCUUGAUGUCUGCUCACCGAAUUUUUCUUCGAGUUUUUUUUUUUUUUUUUUACACUAGUUGAAUCGGAAACCGAAUUUUGAAGCCGCUUCUGGCUGUGAAGAAACUUAGUGAACUUCUUCCCCUAUGCGUUUGCUUUCUUUCCUGUGUCUUGAGGGCUUCCGAUCGAUUUUUUUUUAUUCGAUAUAAUACGUACAUCUUGACAUUCCCUUGUCAGAACCGCAAGUCGGUUAUCGAUCUUUGCAUUUCGCACCCUUCGGAUCUGAUUUCGUUAUCUGUGUACCAUGAGUAGUUUAUUGUUAUCAGCGAUGAUGCGAAGCAAAAGUCAUUCAGGUAGCAAUGCCAAAACUGAAUGAAGACGAGGAAGAUGCGUAGGAGGACUGUGUGCCUUAUUUGAUCGUAAGCUUUUUCUAGGCGGUGAAUGUCGAUCCAUUUUUGUCAUGUCAAUGGUGAAAAGACCGCGAUUGACCGUUGAAAUAUCAAGUAAUUGGAAGCAGCUCGCUAAGACCCUGAAACCAGAACCCGCAAGAAGGAAAAAAUUCAAGGGACAUAUCUUUCAAGAGAGGAAAGCUCAUUGUCGAACUUCCGCCAUACAUGAAAAUGGGAUUGAAUGCCAGCGGAUUAAAGACGGGGCUAAGCUGACUGAAAAAAAUGACAAAUUUCGAAGCCGACGUUCUGACGAAGUGCCUGGCAAUUGAUUGCGAAAUGGUCGGAGUAGGAACGCCAGAAAUGGAACGCAGCAUCCUUGCACGCGUCUCGAUCGUCAACGAAAAAAACGAGUGUGUUUACGACAAGUACGUUAGGCCUAGUGAGGAAGUCACCAACUACAGGACGCACGUGAGUGGAGUCACGUCCUCUCACUUACUGCAUGCUGAGGAAUACUCCACGGUGCGGAGAGAGGUUGCUGCACUGAUCCAUAAGCGUGUGCUUGUCGGGCAUUCGCUGAAAAACGAUUUCGCGGUGUUGCUUUUAUCACAUCCAAAACAUUUGAUAAGAGAUACGUCCACCUAUCCGGAGUUCCGAAAACUGUUCGAUGGAAAAACUCCGAGUUUGAAAAAUUUGACCGACCGACUUCUAGACGUGAAGAUCCAGCACGGGAUACACGAUUCGGUGGAAGAUGCGAUCGCCGCAAUGACGCUUUACAAACAAUAUGCAAAAGAGUGGGAAGCGUCGCAGAGAGGAUGCAAAGUUCGACAGGAAAUCACGAAGAGAAUAUCGGAGGAAGGCGAAAUGUUGCAGGCUCGAGAGAAGCAGCUUCUGCGCCAAGUCGAUGUUGCCUCGGCGCACUUCAUGUCAGUUUAUCUUGUUCAUCAUGCCCAACUGCACCAGUUGGUUGGGAUAGCGCAAAGUUUCUUUGCCCGCUACGCCAAUGAAACGAACUUGGAGGAAAAUGACAUCGCUUUUGAAAAAGAUGCUGCGGAUUUAUUGGAUAAAAUUCGAACCGGACUGAAGCAAUGCGACCUGACGAAUGAAGAUACCACAAAAAUUCCGAUUGCCGUGACGUUCCCUGACAACGCGGUGAAAGAGUUGGAGAAAAUGAUCCAAGAUUUUGGAGAAAUUGAUGCUGGCAGUGCAUUUCUGAUGUCCUUCAAGAAUAGCGACGGCGAUAAGAAAGGCCUGGGGUUCUUGCCCUACGGGCACGAGGAUUACUUGGACAGCGAACUGGAAGUACUUCAAACAAAACCCUUGCUGGGCUCCCCAAGUCUGAUCCGUUUUCCGAAGAAAAUGCACGUAAUCCCAAACCAUACCGGAUUAUCAUUGGACGAUCGAAAUCGUUGGUUGUUGCAGCGUCUCAAAGAGCCCGAACUUCCGAAGCCCCAGAACAUUGAAACAUGGUUGCAAACGAUGAAAAAUGAUGUAACCCAUAAGAAAAGCGAAUCGUCCUGCAGUGACAGCAUUGAAAUUCUUGGAAAUUUGGAUGAUGAUGUCGCUUACCCUUGUAAGGAUGACGUAUGCGAAGUCGAGAAUCGAUCGCAGUGGGCGGAAGACGGAGAAUUCAUGAUGCUGAAAAUGUUCUGCAAGAAAGAACCUGUGUGCAAGCAACUAGAAGACUGUUGUGGACUGACAUCGGGCGGUUGCUGCGUAAAGAAAGCCCUUAAUAAAGAAGCUCUCGCCGUGCCUAUGGUCAACAUCAAUAAUCGUAGUUUGUCGAGAUCAGCAAAUUGGCUCCUGACGAAAAAGCAUAAUCAAGAAGCUGAGCAAAUUAACACAGUUGAGCCUUUGCAAUGGAAACCAGACGCCGCCGCAGCAUCAGCAUGGAAAUCGAACGUCUCGAAGCACUGGGAGAAAAUUUGGAACGAUGACAACGAGACCUGGUUGAUUCGUCGAAAGCGGUUGGAAAAAGCUGCGAAUGAAAUCAUUUCCUCCGAGUCACCUUCAGAGCCUAUUGAAUGUCCUUCAGUUGAUGACGCGCAAAUCCUCGAUUGCACCGAUUCGUUCAAGUUCGGCGAAAUUCAUGAAAAAAUCAAAAAUGCCGAUCAUAAAAUCUGGCGACUGCAAGAAAACAUUAUUGCCCAAGAUGGAGGAAAAUUCUUUGCCGAAUUAAGCGCACUGAGGGAAGAAAAGGCCAAGAAGAGUCAAUGGAUUUCAACCGGAAGCCCUGCCGUUUCAUCGACUGGACCCAUUAAUUACAAGACUUGGUUGGCCCCGGCUUGCAAUGCAAGUCCUCAUCAGGAAAAGUUUUUGACGCCGCUCGCAAAUCCCAAUCUUAUCUUGAAACGCAACGUAUUUCCAGCGAACUGGAACAUUCAGAAAGGAGCUGGAAACGUCUCUUGGCUACUAAAGAAAGAAUAAGCUCUUACGGAACCGAUGAAGACGCAUGAUCGGAUUGGGAUUAAUUGUGGAUUGACGCUAGCUUGUUAGGCAGUGACUGAAUGCUUUUUGCCGCAUCCUUUAAAAACUAAUUGUUGAAGUUUUUUUUUUUUUGGUUAUGGGAAAUGCUGUACGCUGGUGAUUGAAUGAAUUAAAAUGUGAAAAGAUUAUCCUUUAUCUGUUGCUGUACUGUAUAGCAUUAAAGUAUAUUAGAACCGCAAUGUUCACGGCGAAAUUCUUUUGCGUCCAUUUCAAGCCGUCUCUUUCAUUGCUCCGAAAGGGAAAACGAGCUCAUCUUAUUUCAGAGGUGUUUCUCGCGUUGAACACAAAUCUGAGUCAAUAGAUUUUGCAGAAAUUUUUCUUCGUCCUGGUUUAAUCUGUUAUAAGCUCUUGUUCAGUGAUGUGAGUUCAGCAUUGUUGAUGGUCGCAUGCUUUAAAACUUGUUUUACCAAGCAAUUGAGGAAGAGUAUAACUGCUAAAGUUUCAUUUCAGUAAAAUAGUUAUGAAAUCGAAAUGAAGAUCAAAGGAAAAUGUAUCAAAUUUGUACCGCACGAUUGUGCAGUCAUUCUUAGAGGAGAAUAAAUGACAUUACAUACCGUUCAGUAUAAACA